AUUUGAAUCAAGCUUAAAAGGAACCCAAUGUAACUUUAAACUUUUUCUCCGGCUCCGUGGCGCUCGAACAUCUCUCACAAUGGUAGCUACUUCUUUGCUUGUUAAGUUGGCUUUAUUGCCUUGUCUGGUUCUUGGUUCUUCUCUUGCGCCGAGGGCGAAGGAGUUUGACUAUGAUUCCUUGACUCUUCGUGAAGUUGGUGCUCGUAACACUCUUGACUGGCGUGUUUGGCUGGAGAAAGAUGGGCAGCCUAUUUCCUUCUGGCACGAUAUUCCUCUGUACCCUGAGAAGGGCAACAAUCGCAUCGUGAGCUACGUUGUUGAGAUUCCCCGAUGGACAGACGGCAAGAUUGAGACCCGCCGUGAUGAGCCUCUGAACCCUAUCUUCCAUGAUGACAAGAAGAAGGCCCCUCGUUUCGUUGAGAGUGUCUGGCCUCACAAGUCAUACCCAUUCCACUAUGGGUCAAUUCCCCAGACUUGGGAGAGUCCCAACUUUGACCACGAUUUCACUGGAUACCCUGGUGACAACGAUCCUAUUGAUCUGUUCGAUAUCACUGAAGCACCUGCCCACGUUGGACAGGUCAAGUCUGUCAAGGUCCUUGGUGGCCUUGCAUUGAACGAUGGUGGCGAGACUGACUGGAAGGUCAUUGCCGUUGACACCAAGGAUCCCCUUGCUGCUCUAGUCGACUCCGUCGAGGACCUCGAAAAGUACCGCCCAGGUCUAGCCAAGACCUUCUACAACUGGUUCACCUACUACAAGGUCCCCCGCGGCGACAGUGUUCUCGAGAUCGUUGGCGGCGACUACCAAAACGCCAAGUUCAUGGCCAAGACCAUCAAGAGCAGCCACGGCGACUGGCAAGAUCUCGUGCGCGGAAAGGUUGACUCCAACGAGAUCAACUACAACCAGACAAGCACCAAGAGCUACAAGAGCUAUGUCAAGAGCAAGGACGCUACCAAGAAGUUCGGCAUUCCUGUCAAGUCCAAUGUUCUUCCUGCUGCUGAGAGACCGGCGAAGUAUGAUUUGUGGUAUUACCUUGAUAAGGACUACAAGUUGAUCCAGCUUCCUAAGAACUGAAACAACGCAGCGCGACUUCGUGUUGAAAACGCAUAUUAGACUAUUAUAAUUCUAUAGAACAUAUUGAAACGUGUUUCUCGUAA